AGUCGGCGGGAGGCUUUGGGAAGGAGCCAUUCAGAAUCACUCGAAAGCCGCCGCGCCGCCGCCGGGGGCACGUGCUGCACCCGCAGCCGGCAAACCUGUAGCCUCAAAGCCCGACGGACGCUGAUUUCUGGCCGUACUGGAGAGGGGGCACCGCUCCUGCCGGCACUCGCCAGGAGAUCUCCCCGCCGGCACUUGCUCGGUUGUUCUUGAGGAUCCUCAGAACUGGCCCAUGAAGCAAAGCGACGCAUUGCUUAACUCAGGCCUCCAAAGGAAGCACAAUCACGCCCUGACAGACAGGAAUGUGGAAGAAGGCCUACAAGAAAGCUGCCAGAUGUAUGCACCCAGCAGCACCUGAGCAGAAUCUCAGGGAACACCAACCCCCAACCGGUCCCAGGAAGGUCAGGGGACUAAAAAUCUCCCAGUCCAAUUGUGUUUCAGCAAAUCACUGGUGCCAACGCAUGCCCCCUCCUGUGACAGAUAACUGGUAGGGAGAUGCCCGGGCACCAGAAGUUCUCUGCAGCAUGCUGAGGAGACGUAACCUUCUCACCACACUUCUGAUUGCUUUGCCAUGGGGUCUCCUCCUAACAUUGUGGCAUCAGUACCCAACCACCCGCUACCUCAGCCUCCUGAGAAAGGAAACAGAUGAAAAUGUGACAGCCAAAUCUCUCUUCAAUAGCACAUCUUUAGUAAGGGAGGAUGGGCUCUCAUCCUGUCGGCCGCCAGCCAUCGGGGCUGCUCCCAAAAUAAUCCGAAGCUACAUGUAUGCGAGGCCUCCGCCAUGGUCGGACAACCUGCCUGCUAUAUUUGUGAUCACACCGACCUACACCCGACCAGUGCAGAAGGCUGAGCUGACCCGACUGGCUAACACUUUCCUCCACGUGCAGAACCUCCACUGGGUAGUGGUGGAGGACUCACCCAGAAGGACCAACCUCGUGUCUAACCUCUUGGAGAAGGCAGGGAUCAAUUUUACUCAUCUGAACAUUGAGACUCCUAAGAGUCUGAAAGUAGGCCUGUCCUGGAUCCCGUCUCAUACUCCGAGGGGCACAUUCCAGAGGAAUCUCGGACUACAUUGGUUGAGGGAAAGUUUCAGUGCCACGCCACCACCAGAAGGCGUAGUAUACUUCGCUGAUGAUGAUAACACCUAUAGCCUAGAGCUGUUUGAAGAGAUGCGCUACACAAAGAAGGUCUCUGUAUGGCCAGUUGCCUUUGUUGGUGGUCUCAAGUAUGAAUCUCCAAAAGUAAGCCCAGCAGGUAAAGUGGUGGGCUGGAAGACGGUGUUCGACCCUAACCGACCCUUUGCCAUCGACAUGGCUGGCUUUGCCAUCAGCAUCAAGUUGAUCCUGGAAAAGCCACAGGCCAGUUUCAAGUUGGAUGGAGUGAAAGGAGGUUACCAAGAAACUAGUUUACUGAAGGAUCUAGUGACAAUGGAUGGAUUAGAACCCAAAGCCGCCAACUGCACAAAGGUCUUGGUCUGGCACACAAGGACUGAAAGGCCAACCCUGGUCAAUGAAGGGAAACGUGGAUUCACAGACCCAAGAGUGGAAGUGUAGAUAAAUUGUUCUUACACUGCAUGUGUAGAUCAGCCAUGAGGGGAAGACUGGCCCAAGGGAAGGAGCCCUGGUUCAGCCAUAGAGCACAUGGACUGGAUGCCGAAGCACCCAGGCUCAUUGCCUGGCAUAUCUGCAAAGAUCACCUCUGCAAUCUCUCCUAGCAAUGCUGCCAGACAGAGUGGAAGAUCCGAUUCAAUGUAAGCUUGUUCAGAGUUACCUGUCUGUAUACCUAUCUGUCUGCAAUCCCCUUCAUGGGAAGUGUCUCCAUGCUGCUUCAUUGAUUUCCAGUGGCAGAACUAUCUGUUCAGCCAAUGUGGUGGUGAGUCAGUCCAUUCUCCCUGAAACCUCCAUUACCUGGAGAUUGUGCUAUGCAUCCUCAGAUAGUUAACUUUCUCCCCCACCCACUCACAGCUCCUUGUCCCACAUUGUUUAGGGAGCUGACUCUCUGGAGAGACUUGCAUUGGUAGGGGGCAGGGGCUGCAGGGUGAAGGAGGAGGUAAUGAGGAAUGUUCCUUUUGUGAACCUUCCCAAGCAGUUUUAGGCUCAGAAUCUCAGGAAUCUCAGACAAUUUUUGCUUCUCUCAGCAACUCACUUACUUAAGAAUGGCCCUGGCCAUCCAGGGAGGCUUUUUGAUGGGACCUGCUAGGAGAAGGUCAGAGUGAAAAAUUCUCCUUCCAU